UCUACGUCAUGCUAUACCUUUUCUGGCAUUUGUAAUGUUAUUUCAUAUGAUAAUUUCAUCCAAAAUGACCCGAUAUUACUCGCUUGAUUCCUAGCAUAUUAAUUGUUCAUGAAUUUGCGUGUUAUGGAUCUGUAAAAAGAAUGAAUCUUUAUUGGCUAAUGCCUCCAUCUAGGGUGAUCUAUGAUGAUAUUGCUUAUCAAAAUCACAUAAUUGUAUUAUGUUACAGGAAUCUGAAAUUUUGAGCUGCGUGUGAUAUAAGAAUCAAGAUUGAAGGCAUUGUUAAAAAAAUAUAUUGGCGAUGAUGGCUAACUCAGACUCUACAAGUGCAAUUGGAAAGUUGUUACAUAUGAUAAUGAAUUUUGAUGCUAAGAGGAAGCCUCGGAUUGUACUUGGUGCUUGUGGAAGUGUAGCUGCCAUGAAAUUUGGACUUGUUCUUCGUGCUUUAUCAGAAUGGGCAGAAGUAAAAGCUGUUGUCACAAAAACAGCUUUACAAUUUCUUGCUAAUGAGAAAGCAGAAUCAAUGUUCGAAGUAAUAUUCUGCGACGAUCAUGACUGGAAAAAUAGGAAAAAGAUAGGUGAUUCUGUGCUUCACAUUGAGCUUGCUAAGUGGGCUGAUAUCAUCGUCAUUGCUCCCUUAUCAGCACAUACUGCUGCCAAGAUUGCUGGAGGGUUGUGUGACAAUCUAUUGACAAGCAUUGUGAGAGCAUGGGACUACGAGAAGCCGAUGUUCGUUGCACCAUCAAUGGAUGGUUGUAUGUGGAGAAACCCUUUCACAGAACAGAACUUCAUGAGCAUUGAAGAGCUUGGUGUUACUCUUAUCCCACCUGUUCAACACAUGCAAACUAAUAUGAGAGAAAUGGCUGAUCCUUCUACCAUUUCCUCCACUGUCAAAAGCUUUUAUGAUUCAAAGAUUCUGAAAGAUAAAUAAAUUGUUGGUGAGGUUUAGGAAGAAUGUUUUAACGACUGUGAAAAACAAAAGAAUAUCAUUGUCUUUUAGAGUGUUGCUUUGGAUAGUAGCAUGUUCUUGAU